CACGAACUAGCAAACAGCAGUAAAACCGCACCGUUUCCAUUUGCAGCAAGCAAUCCUCGCAAUUAGCCCCGUUAAACGCCGUCGGGUUAGCGGGAACAGGGGCAGGAACAGCAGCGGCGAUCAAAUUCUGACCAAGACCGUGUUCCACGGCAAGCAGUGAGUGGGAGGGGAUGAAAUUCCGCUCGAUACAAAUUCGAUAAAGCCGCCGCCGGCCCGCAAGACUCGCUCGUUAUCCGGAUCCGGCGGUCUGCUACCCGUUACGUUAGAAAACUCGCAGCUCUCAAGUUUUGCGACCGAUACUCUGAGGAAGUUUAAUUUACCAAGUAGCAUUACACGUGUCGUCGCUGCAGCGAAUUCUUUUCCGAAUGCGAAAUAUCGGAAGCUGAUUUCUGUUUCGAAAUAUAAUUCUUAAAAUAGAUUCUAGUUGUAAUCAUCUUAAGACAUAAUUCUAUAAGCACGUUUUAUUCUAUUAGCGGACGUUUGAAACAUUUUGCACAAAGUUAGAAAUUCGACAUGAUCAAAUGCCAUCGUAAAUUGUCAAGAAUGAAGAUAACGCAAAUGAUGAUAUUUUGCGCGUGAUUUGACAGACUGUACAUAUCGAUUGUGGUAUCGAUCAGUAACCCUUCUCUAGGUGGGAAAUACUUCGCGCUUGGUUGGACAGCAGGCGACAAGAGCAGUAUCUCGACUAGCCCAGUCUCCAGAAUCGAUCGUUGUAAUCAGGGCUAUCGAAUCGGUUACCACAUCACAGGGAUGUUCGCAACAACUAUAAUUGCUUUUCAGUAAUGUCGCUUUGUCCGUCGUCGUCUCAUCAGCUUGUCGCAGCGGCGAUUGCUUUUCGACGUGCCCGUCGUAAAUUUCCCAAGAAUUUCGGCCUCGAAAGCACCGUCGAAUGUAUAUGCGAAAAUGCGAAGACGGAAACCGCACCGAGUCGCGAAGGGCCCAUCAAUCAAGCGAAAUCGAGCUCCUCGCUGGUGAAACGCGCGUGUAACUCAAGAUCCGAUCACGUAUGUCCGACGGGCGUGCGGAACCGCGAUUACGACCAUUCACACAGCAAGGAGAAUACAAUCAGCUGUAGUUGCUGCCGGACAAGAAACGGUAGCGAGGACAUUUCGGGGCUGCGGGACGAGUGCAGCGGCGGAGAUGCAAUCGAUACUGUGCCGAGUCGAGAGUUUGCAGUUUCGGACGCCGAUCAGAAAAAUGAAUUUGCAAAACUGGCCGACCGAGAUAGAUGCGAGACGCACGGGCGCGGUAUCUCCGGCGGGAAAGCUCAGCACAAAAGCUGGCGCGAUCAGAUGCAAGGCGAAAAUAGUCGAUUGUACGCGCGGCAGUGCUAUUCGAAGAACUACUCUGGAAUAAUAUCUGCCUCUUGUGAGCGAAACGACGAAGAGCGCAGCGAGAAAGAGGAUGACGACGACGAGGACGACGGCGUAACCGUUAUCAAUCACAAGGACUCCAUGUGCAUCCUUGCUGAAAAAUAUAAAACCGGCAGGAGGUGUCGUGCCGGCAGAAGAUGCGAUGAGGCUCGAUCCGGCGACAGGACGGGGGAUAGGGACGAGUGUGACAAAUCGUUGACUUCGGAAAUCAUUGAUCAGCCGGAGUCGUCGCUUGAGAGCGCGAACGCGGUUCCGCACGACGGACCGAGCGUGAAACACGUUUGCCGAGCACAUUGCGAGAGCUGCGGGACGGCCGCGAAAGCGUGCAAUCCUGGAUGCAAUCGACACACGCCGCCGGAGGGUGAAUUCGACCGAUUCAAGUCCCUUUUGAACGAGACGUCGGCUGCCGCUCACCGCUGCUCAAGUCGAGCGCCUUGCAGACACGCCUUCUAA